AUGGUAUGCUUGGGGAUGAAGCCACAAGGCACGGCGGUGGAGAAUCUCAAGCUGAAGGCAUUCCCAUUCUCCCUAGUUGACGCAGCUAGGGAGUGGCUUUUCUACUUACCGCCGGGAUCCAUCACUACUUGGGCACAAAUGGCGAGAGCAUUCCUCGACAAGUAUUUUCCCGCAUCCAAAGCCGUCGGGCUUAGAAGAGAGAUCUGUGGGAUCAAGCAGAAGGACAUGGAAUCUUUAUACGAGUUUGCUACCAAUGGAAAGAAAGAUGAUGGAUGCUGCAAGUGGAGGAACAAGACGCCAACUCAAGCGAGGACUUUGAUAGACACCAUGGCGGAAAACUCCAAGCAAUUUGGAGUUCGGAGUGACAUUGGCCGAGGCGCUAGUGAGCUUGCCAUGGGUAAUAUGCCUCAAGUCAAGGCAUGCAGAUUUUGCUCAUCAGUGGCACAACCUACCGAUGCAUGCCCGACUUUACAUGAAGAAGAAGAGCAAGUGAACGCCAUUGGGGGUGGCAACUUUCAGAACUCAAACAACCGGGCUCCCGACCAUUUCUCGAGCACAUACAACCCCGGUUGGAGGAAACAUCCAAAUCUAAGCUAUGCCCCGAGGAAACUCAAGCGAGCAUUCAGGACCUUCAGGCCACUGUUGGCCAAUUUUGUAAACAAGGGUAAGUUGCCAUCUCAAACGGAGACGAAUCCGAAGGCAAAUGUGAGUGCUGUCACUUUGAGAAGCGGAAAGGAGCUUCAAGAGGUUGGAAAUAAGAAGAAGGAAAAGGUUCAUGAGGAAGAAGAAGAGUUAGAGGUCAAGACAUCCACUUCGGGUGCAAAGGAUGUCAAAGAAGAGGAGUUAAAGAAGAAGACACCCGAAGUAAACAUCCCUUUAUUAGAUGCAAUUAAUCAAGUACCUAGAUAUGCUAAGUUUUUGAAAGAACUUUGUACUAAUAAAAAGAAACUAAAGGGUAAUGAAAAGAUAAGCAUGAGUCAAAAUGAAGAGUACAAGCCAUUCAGAGAGGCGCAAAGGAGGUUGAACCCACCGAUGAUGGAAGUUGUUAAGAAGGAGAUACUCAAGCUUUUGGACGCCAAUAUGAUCUACCCAAUCUCUGACAGCAAGUGCGUAAGCCCGGUCCAGGUAGUUCCUAAGAAAACUGACAUUACUGUGGUAGAGAAUGCCGAAGGUAAGUUAGUGCCCACCCGUGUUCAAAACGGGUGGAGAGUAUGUAUUGAUUAUCGUAAGCUUAAUUCAUCAACUAGGAAAGACCAUUUUCCCCUUCCAUUCAUAGACCAAAUGUUAGAAAGGUUAGCCGGUCGUACUCACUAUUGUUUUUUGGAUGGUUAUUCAGGUUUUCAUCAGAUACCGGUUGCAAGAGAGGACCAAGAGAAGACCACAUUUACCUGCCCCUUCGGUACAUUCGCCUACCGGAGGAUGCCUUUCGGUCUUUGUAAUGCACCGGCGACAUUCCAACGGUGUAUGGUGAGUAUAUUUUCAGAAUAUGUAGAAAAUAUUAUUGAGGUUUUUAUGGACGAUUUCAUAGUUUAUGGUGAUUCGUUUAGUUCAUGCUUAGAUAACUUGACCAAAAUUUUAAAGAGGUGCAUUGAAACUAAUUUGGUUUUAAAUUAUGAAAAAUGUCACUUCAUGGUCAACCAAGGUAUUGUACUUGGUCAUGUUAUCUCGGAAAGGGGUAUAGAGGUUGACAAGGCAAAAAUCGACGUCAUAAAAUCCUUACCUUACCCCUCGAGUGUUAGAGAGGUCCGUUCUUUUCUUGGUCAUGCAGGUUUCUACCGGCGUUUUAUUAAAGACUUCUCCAAGAUCACUCGACCCCUUUGUGAACUACUACAAAAAGAGGUAGACUUUGUCUUCAAUGAGGUAUGUAAGAGUUCAUUUGACUUAUUGAAAGAUAUGCUUACUUCUGCCCCUAUCAUCCGACCUCCAAACUGGCAAUUGCCAUUUGAGAUUAUGUGUGAUGCUAGCAAUCACGCCGUCGGAGCGGUAUUGGGACAGAAAGACGGUAAGAGCUCUUAUGUUAUCUAUUAUGYAUCACGAUCACUUGAUAGUGCACAAUGCAACUACUCGACCAUCGAGAAAGAGUUGCUAGCAGUUGUUUUUGCUUUAGAAAAGUUUAGAUCUUAUCUGCUUGGCACUAAAGUGAUUGUCUUUUCAGAUCAUGCCGCAUUGAAGUACUUGCUCAAGAAGAAAGACGCAAAGCCGAGRUUGAUACGGUGGAUUCUCUUGCUCCAAGAGUUUGAUUUGGAGAUUAGAGAUAAGAGCGGAGCUGAAAAUAUUGUUGCUGACCACCUUAGCCGGCUAGUGUUGGAUGGAGAGCCAAGCCCACUCAUUGAUGAGUUUCCAGAUGAGCACCUUUUCUCCGUUUCGGGCGAAACCCCCUGGUAUGCAGAUAUUGUUAAUUAUUUAGUUUCAAAGAGCUUUCCGGGUGAGUUAUCUAGACCCGAUAGAGAAAAGAUUAGGAUAGAGGCUCGUUUCUACAUAUGGGACGAGCCGUACCUUUGGAAACAUUGUCCGGACCAAGUUAUCCGGCGAUGUGUGCCCCAAGGGGAGUUUCAGUCUUCAAACGGACAAGCCGAGGUAUCAAAUAGAGAGAUCAAGUCYAUUUUGGAGAAGACUAUGAACCCCAACCGGAAAGAUUGGAGCUUAAGGCUUACUGACGCUUUGUGGGCCUAUCGUUCGGCCUACAAGACGCCUAUAGGUAUGUCUCCUUUCCGGUUGGUGUACGGUAAACCUUGCCACCUCCUGGUGGAACUAGAGCAUAAGGCGUAUUGGGCGGUGAAGACAUGCAAUAUGGAUUUGAAUGAAGCGGGAUCGCAUAGGAAGCUUCAGAUUCAAGAGUUAGAGGAGAUACAGAACGAUACCUACGAAAAUGCUCGCAUCUAUAAGGUGAAGACCAAGACGUUCCAUGACUCUCGUAUAUCACGUAAGUCUUUCACCAAAGGUCAGAAAGUUCUCCUCUAUCACUCUAGAUUACAGUUAUUUCCUGGUAAGUUAAGGUCCAGAUGGAUAGGACCUUUUGUUGUUUUAACUGUUUUUGAGCAUGGUGCAGUGGAGAUACAAAGUGUGUCUACGGGGCAGAUUUUCAAAGUUAACGGCCAUAGGCUAAAGCCGUUCUAUGAAGGCUUCGAUGGAAGGGAUUUAGAGAGGGUAGCUUUGGACACGCCAAGCUACGAGAAUUGA